CUACCCUCCCAUUCCCACAUGAAACCAGAUUUAAUGCAAACAAGCUGUCCUGGCUCAGAGCUGCCCAGGACGUUGCGGAGAGCAGAGCAGAGCGGAGCGGAGCCCAUCCAGGCGCCCCGAACUCGGAAAGAAACUUCCCGUGAGGAACCAGCUGCCUUCCCACCUCCUCUUCCCCGGAAACUUGUGUGUCCCUUGGAACCUUCCCAUGGCGGCCAUGCGUGACAUCUGCCUGCUUCUUCUCUUGAUGCUGCCCUUCUGCGCCUCAAGAUCAGUUCAGAACCUGGCCCUGGAAGAGAGCGAGGGGAGCGGAGACAGCGAGGGGGCUCCCCCCGACCCCACUACUGCCAGGGCGGCGCUGAGUGUGAGCCCCACCUCAGGGAGCCUGGUGGUCGAUUCGGUCAAUGGAACCUUGCAUUCGUUCAACCUCCUGGACGGCAUCGUGAACUUCUUCCAGACCUACAUGCUCCUGAUCGUGGUGGUGGGCUCCCUUCUCCUCAUCUUCCUCUCCAUCGUGUGUGCGGCUGUCAUCACCCAGCAGAAGCACAAGGCCUCCGCCUACUACCCCUCCUCCUUCCCCAAAAAGAAGUACGUGGACCAGAACGACAAGGCAGGGGGGGCCAAGGCCUUCAGCGAAGUCCCUGAGAAGCCCUCCGAUGAGAGCCAAGAGGAGCCGGUAGAUUCCACCAAACAAUUGCAGGCGGACAUCUUAGCUGCUGCCCAGAACCUCAAGUCUCCCACCAAGGCCGUCAUGGCGAAUGGGAAAAGUGGCCCCGUGGAAGACCCGCCAGUUGAAGGGAAAGAGGAAGGGGCCCCAAAAACAGAAGAGGCGGAGGAGGGCAGCUCCAAAGAGGAGGAAGAAGAAGAAGAAGAAGGAAAAUCACCAACGGAGGCUGAGAUGCCUCCAGAGACAUCAGCUCCAAACAGUUUGGUGGAUGCGGAGACCAGAGAAGAGGAGGUCCCACCUGGGGUGGAGACCCAUCCAUCUCCACCUGAGGAGUCCAAGGAAGCCCCACCCACCGAGAAACCUGCCGUUCCUGUCUCAGAAGGCCAGGAGGAGCAGAAGGAAGAGCUCAGUGCUCCACUGACUCUUGACCCCACAGAAGAACCCCAAAACUGAAUGGGGUCAGUUCCCAUCACUGGCGGGACAGCUUAUAAUAUGAAACCUACAGGGAUCUGUUUAUCAAACAGAGGGGAAGCAGAUCUUUACCUUACCUGUAAAGGAGACACGUUAGCCACCUCCCACCCUCUCAAGAAACACCUGAAAGGUCUACAUUGUUGUGAUUUUGCUUUAAUGGACUUUCUUCAGUUAUGACAACUUGCCCAAGUCUUGCGCCCUCCAGGUGUGGAAGACCAAGACUUCCAUCAUCCCCUGCCAACCUGCCCAGGGAGGUGAUGAGAGUCGCUUAACACAUCUGGGGGGUGGGUGGGAGGGAAGCUGAGUGACCGCAAUGUCAUAAUGUAGCUACUCAACCAGAUAUCAUUGAGCAGGUAAGGUAGAACUUAUUUUAGAAGACCAGUUGAAGACACAUUGACCUCAACGUGCUUCCAGGAUUCUUCUGGAGGAACCAUCCUAGUUUCGUCCUCCAGGACUUUCCCACUUUCAGGGAGAACAUAUCUGCACAUACAUAAUAUUUGAGGUGGGCCCUUUGGGUGAGCAUUUAAUUCUAUUUAUAUCAAUCCUUAAUUCUGGACCAAGGUUGUGUGCAGAGAUGAUUGGUCAACCUUUCUGUCAACUAUGAAGUCAUCCAGAUCUUUAUUUCCCCCCCCUCUCCACUGCUGAUGAGAUGGUCUUUGGGCAAAGGUGAAGUUAUUUCAUACCUGUCCUUCUUUUAAAGCCAACCUUGGCUCAACUCUGUUUAGUUGUCCCUUAUAUCAAUCAUUAGUUCAUUUACUUUUGUUAGUAUCAGCUCUGAAAGUUGAACCCGGGGCCCGUAUAUAGUUUCAGAAUGGCCAACCUGAAUUCAGUUUUUUUAAGUACAAUUUCCGCCCAAGCGAUGAUAAUGAUGUACAAUGGAUCCACCAUUCAGUCCAAUUUUUUUUUUUUUAAUCUGGUUUCUGAGAAUCCUUAACUCCCAAAUUCUACAGCUGCUUGAGGAGAUCUGAUUAUCCAACCAACUUUGCAAGGAAUCUGAUGACAUUUUUGAAAAUUAUUCCUCUUUAAGGUCAACAAAUAUUCAGACUUUUGUGUGGAGGGGAAGAAAGACGGUGAGGACUUUCAUGAGUGAAUGAAGCCCAACAAAGGUGGAUUUUUAUGUAUGUUCAAUCUGGAAGUUCUUCACUUGUCAAGAUCUUCAGAGGAGAGAGAUUCAAACCCAUUGAAAAUGUUUUCUGGGCUUUUCAAAAGUCUGUUAUGGGUGGGGAGGGGGGGGAAGACUUUGGGUCUUUUUAAAAAAAAUGUUUUUAUACUUUGACGGGGGACAUUGGAUUUCAGAUUCCCAGGUCCUAAUCUUUCUGGGUCAACUAGAAAAAAACGUUUCAGCAAGCCUUAGAGCUGAAGAAGCAAGUGAGAUUAACGUGGUUUGGGACAAGCCUUGAAGAAGCUGGGUGCCAGGGAGAACACAUUUGCAACAACCAAAACACACACACACACACACACACCACCCUUCUUAAUUUUUCCCAGCCUCUUUGCAAAGGUUCUGCUGAUAUUUAUGACUUUCCCUCCCACUGGGGAUCUCCCAGGCUGACCCUUGUAAUCCUAGUAAAAACAUCUAUAAAUUUAGCUGACCAAGAGAUUUAUUGUAGUUUUGAGGACUUAUCAGGGAUGGGGUUUUAAUAGGCUGACCCUCUCUGGCAGAAUCUCUGCAGCCCUACACUUUCAAGGCUUAUUUUGGAAUGAGGGACUCUAACGAGGCUGUAAAAAAGCCACAUUUGCAACCAGCUGAAGUGGGUUAGCAUGAAGAGGGUCUGGUGAACCUCUCGGCAACUUUUUCUAAGGGCUCCCUAAACCUUGAAACGCCAGGAAGGACACAGUGUGGAUUAAAAACACAAAAUAAAACGUCUUCACAGCCCAGAUGUUCCAACCCAGCCCAUGUGCGGCUAAUGUCCAGGUGUGGCAGAAACCAGAUGCCCAAACAUCUGGAACUGUGUCCCUCAAGCUUUAAGGCAGUGUUUGUCAACCUUGGCAACUUGAAGAUGU